UGCCCAGGCCUUGGGGCUACAUCGAAGGUGGCCAGCUUUGGUUGAGCGGAGACCACCGUGUGACCUCAGGCAGCGAGUGCCGCUCGCCUGCUGGUGUUGUAUGCCUUCGCACAUGCGGCCCACAGCAAAGCUUCAGCCUGGAAACCACCCGGAAACCAGACCCGAGGAUCAGUCUGUACACAAAUACAAAGUUGUGUUCCUGGGGGAGCAGAGUGUGGGGAAGACAAAGAUCAUCAUCCACUUCAUGUACAACAGCUUCGACUGCACCUGCCAGGCAACCACUGGAAUUGACUUCCUAAGUCAUGUACAGGACCAAAUAGUGAGUCUGCAGCUAUGGGACACAGUUGGUCAGGAGCGUUUUUGCAGCCCAAUUCCUAGCUACGUUCACGAUUCAACUAUUGCAGUGGUUAUCUAUGACAUCACAAACAUCAAUUCUUUCAAGGACACAGCUUAGUGGGUAGAUUAUUUAUGGGCAGAAAGUGGUGAUGAUGUCAUCACCAUGUUGGUGAGUAACAAGACUGAUCUGAACAACAAAAGAUGAGUCUCUGCAGAAGAGGGGGAAGAAAAACCCAGACACCUCAAUGCAAUGUUUACUGAGACCAGUGCCAAAACCAGUUACAAGGUGAAAAGUGUAAUACCCAUUUCUCUUUAUGAUGCUUCCAUUGCACUCUUGUCCCUAGCUAACCACCACUGCUUACUCUUUUGGAUAACCUUGGCUUGUCCUAUUGUGAGGUGGGGGUAA